UACGUCAUCAACCUUCUCCGAGCCCUGAGCCGCGCCCAUCUUCACCACACUCCACCCACACUCAAGAGUAGACGUACAUCCUCAAUUACUCUCGCAAAAAACGAGAUGGCUGCUUCAGAGGCCGUGGUGGUCCGGUCGCUCGUCGAAUUCAUCCAAGACGGCCGGUUCCCAGACUCGCAGGCUGCCGCGGACGCGAAAAUCUCUGACCGUUCGAACGUGGCUGCAAUCUCGCGCGCUGUCGACGAGGCCAUCGCUGAGAUUAAGAGUGAUGUUGAAGCGCUUGGGUUUGAGAAUGCGUGGGAUUUGGAUACGUACCUGACGCAGUCUCGGGAACUGUAUACUGAUAUCCAGAGUUCAGAGACUCAGCUUCGAGAGCUCGAGCAGGCUGCGAAGGAGCAUGAGAAUGCGGACGAAAAGAUCUACAAGCUGCGAGACACACUCGACACCCUGACGACCGCGCACGACUCGACCGUGACGAAAAUCGACGCGCUCAACAAGAUCUGGUUCAUAAAAGCGACGUUGAUCGAAUUACGAUCAUGUUUCAGCUCCGGCAUGCUCGUGCAGACGGUGCCGUUGCUGAAAUCUGCCGAGUCGAAGAUAACGGGGUUCGAGGACUGGGAGCAUGUCACGUUGCUGAGUAGUCUGAAAGAGGAGGUCAACGCGCUUGAUUCAAAGGUUUUUUACUCGCUGGAUUUGCUGUGGACUAAGGCGGUCGAGUUUCAGGUGGAUUAUUCGAGGGUGGCGGUGUACAAGUCUGUCGACCUUGGAGAGUUUACGGAUGUGUCGUUGGAGGAUAUAGCAGAAGCGCUGAAGCGAUAUGAUCAUGCAGGAAAACUGAAAGCGUUGACGACGCAGCUGAAAACCAAGAUCCUUGCGCAGAUACUCGAUGCGUCCACAGCACUAACAGUGACGGUGGACAAAAGCUCAGACAAAAAGUCAAGCCUGGUGAUUGAAAAAGAGGAGGGUAAAGAAGGAGGGAGCUCGGUUGACGUCGUGCUAGAGAAUCUAUCAACGUUCAUCGAGUUCAUCAACGACAUGUUUCCCGAGCCGAUUGCGCACGCGUUGGCGGUUGAACUGUCGACAGUCAUAACGACCACGCUGAUCGACGUGAUUCUCCAAGACGCGAUCCCGCUCGCGCUGGACACCGAACUCGCCAGGUUUGAGCGCACGCUGGCGCAGAUCCGCAAGUUCGACAGCUUCCUUCGGGAUCGCAAGUGGACGCGCGCGCUCGAGCUCGAAGAAUGGGUGCGUCGCGUGCCGUCAGUAUGGUACAAGAAGAAGUGCGAUGCCGUGCUGGCUGAGACGAGGGCGAUCGUGCGCGGGGCGGCGGAGAGUGAUCGGAAGAUUGUGGAGCGGGUCGGGGCUGAGUUUUCGUCGUUUGACGCGGUGCAGGAGGCGUCUGAGCGGCGAGGGGAGUUAGGCGGGCGAAGGAGUUUGGAGGUGAUUUCUGCGGUGGAGCAGAGUAGUGGGGAUGAGUAUGACUGGAAUGAGGAGUGGGAGGAGGAUACGCCUGGGACUCCUGCUGCUGGUAAUACUCCAGCCGACGAAGCGGAUGAUGGGUGGGGUGAUUUUGACGUCGAUCUGGAUGACGAGCAGCCGGAGAAAAAAGAGGAAGAGGAUGAGCCUGAUGAUUGGAACUGGGGAGUUGAUGAGGACGUUCUCGCGUCAGGUCCACCAUCUCCCGUGAAACCGACGAGGACAAAACCAAAGCCACUAAUCCAAUCGUCCAAAGCGGCCAAGAAAUCAAUCAAGCCGCUGAUAAUCCCCAAAUCAGCACCAGCCCCGAGCAGCAGCAGCCGGAGCAGCAGUAUCGGCGGCGGCGGACUGAACGAGACUUUCGUGGUGACGAGUGUUCCAGAGAAACUGCUGGCGCUGAUUUCGUCGCUCGAGCGGGACUCAGUCGAUCUGACGACGCGGUACCGGACGUCGUCGAUCGCGGCGGCGGGAAAACAGCUGCGCGCGCUGAUCAGCUACGUGUUGGCAGCGUAUCGCGCGCUGGCGCCGCUGCAUUACGGGGAUAGUUUUGAUGCGAAUUUUUAUCUGUCGAACGAUUGCUUGUAUCUUGCCGAGAGCGUGAGUCAGCGGAUGAGGGAUUUGGGCGCGGAUGCGUUUUUGCUGAAGGAGAUGAGUAACCGGUAUGCGUCGGUUGAGGAUUAGCUGUGGAUUCUACGAAGAAUAAAGACUAGAUAAUGAAAAAAUGAUUAUAU